GAAACUUAACUUUGAAGAGAUAGCAUUUAUAAAUCUUAAGUCAGGUAUAAUUGUAUCCUAACGCGUCUAGUAUAGUAAAGAUGUCUCUAAUGUUGCGACCCUCGGAUAUAUACUAUUCUCAGAGUAGUAUAAGCAAUCAUUUUUCUUCUCCCUAUAUACCAAUAGGCGAAACUUUGGAUGAUUUAUGCGAAGGGAGGCUUUCAGUAUAUGAUAUCGAUUCUAUCACGGUCGCAAAACACAACGGACGCUGGAUCACGUUAGAUAAUAGACGACUCUGGGUAUUUCGUCAUUUGGAAAUACUUGGUAAAUGUGAUAAAAUUCCGGUCGUGCAGACAACAAGAGUUCCUUAUUUUCGUCUAACGUCAAAAUGUGACGGUGACGACAUUGAAGUUAGAGGUGACCCGGGCGGUACAUGGUAUAAUACGUCGUCAUCUUCUGCAGUAGCAAGUACGAUACUCACUGGACUGGGUAUAGGGGCACUGCUAUUGGCUUCAGUUAUUAAAAAAGAUUGACAUUUAUCAAAUAUGUGAUAAAAAAAACAACUCUGUUAUAUGUAUUUUUAAUUAUUAAUUUGAAACUCAUAAGUCAGGUCCUGAUUGUUUUGAUUUUUUAAAACUAUGUCAGAUUUUGUUACACUGGACUAGAAAUAGACAGUAACAGUUGGAAUUUGUCAAUUUAUUGGAAUACAACUUGUCAAAUACUGAGAAUACUUUUUUUUCAAAUAUGCAAGUGAGGUUAAAAAAAUUAUUUUCAGAUAAUCACCCAUUUUUAUUAUAACUGUAAUAUGAUUAUUGUUCCACGAUGUUUGUCAUAAAUUAUUUACUUGGUGUAUAAUA